AUGCACGGCCACCACUUCUACGUCCUCGCAACGCACGAAUCCACCUUUGGAUGGGGCUCAUAUAAUCCCUUUGAAGACGUCAUUCCCACCGGCUUCGACCCAGACACCGAUCCUAUCCAGCCCUACAAUUUGUCUCGCGCCGCGCUGCGCGAUACUGUCCAGAUUCCCAGCCGCGGGUACGCGGUUCUGCGAUUCAGGGCCGAGAAUCCCGGUGUCUGGCUUUUCCAUUGCCAUAUUCUUUGGCACUUUGCCACGGGUAUGGCGAUGCUUAUUGAUGUCCAGGGAGACCCGGCUGGACUGGUCGCGCAUGAUACAUCUGUGCUUCCGACGGGAACACAGAUGUGUCCUGGGUCAGCUUAG